CGAACAAAUCAGUUAUUGAUUACUGACAGCUAAUCAGUCUGAUCAGAUUGCAUUGUGGCCUCGAAUUGUCUGGAUAUAACCAAUAACCCCUGAUUCAAUAGCUAUUCUUUUUGUAAAUGGAAAUCCUUAACGAAUUUAUGUGUCCGUGCAGAGCAAUGAAUAAAUAUUGGUUUAAUAUCACAUUCAUCUUAUGUUCAAUAUAUGGCAAACACUGGGGCUGUGAAAGCUUUUCAAACGUUAAAUUGGUAACAUUAAAUAUAUGUAGAGGUGGUAGGUAAGGUUGAGUCCAGAUUCGCUUAUCUGUAGUGCUUGGGAGAGAGUAGGCUUUAGUGGCAGAUUACGUUAUUUGGCUUUGGAAUAUAAAACCUUCUAAAUUGCUUUAGUAGUCAACUACAAACUAACCAAAUAAGGAAGACACUGUUUUUUAAAUAAACACUCGUUUAUAAUGGGAUCUGUGUAUAACACGGCUACCCACACCGGCCAACAAGACCUGCGAAAGCUAUACCAGCAUAUGGCCAGUGUGGGCAAGAUGCGCAACUGUGAGUGGGAUACCUCCCAUAACUGCGCUCGUAUCAGACUAGUAUAAGCGCGACGAGGUUCGUCUUCCAGGCAGGGUUUUGGGGUUGGGAUGCUGUAUCACAAAAAUCUACCCCCCCUCCCGCCUGCGUGAUGCACCACAGUCGGCGCGCGCGUAGCCUAUAGUGUGUGUCUGCUGGUUAGUGGGUGGUGUGCGCGCGGGGUGGCUGGUGAAUAGCAGUAGCGUAUUGGGAGGGGGGCGCACUAGUCUCACAGAGCAGCGGAUAUUCCCAAAGCCUUUGUGUGUUUUUUCUAUUUUUUUUCUCUUCCUUACCGCCCUGACAGACUGGUUCUCUGCAGAGAGAGAGAGAGAAGGAGCGAGUGAAGGAGAAAGAGUGCGAGAGAGGGGGGACACGAUCUAUCCAUCCAUUGAUCUUGAGGGGAUCAAGGUUUUGCAUCAUCCAUCAUCCAAACCUGAAUCAACUAGUAGUUUGGAUUAUGGUGUCUUUUGCCAACUCCUCUGGAUCAGGCAACCAAUCAAAGCUUGGAUUACAGUAAAGUCCACACAACAAGAAGAGCAAGGCGGGAUGGCAGCCUUUGCGUUUGGAUAUCGAAUAACCAAUCGGCUCUGGGAUUAUUAACCAAAGGGAAACGGGUGCGAUCAAUCCACAUCCAGGAAGUGAAACCACACGCUCUUUUCCCCGCGCCGCACUUGUGAUUGGUGGAAGUUUUGGCUCCCAGGUUACCUGGGUAACAGAGGCAGAUGGGGGUGAAGGUGUGAGCCGGCGUGACCCCGGUUUGACCCCGGUUUGACCCUGGCGCGACCCUGUUUGACCUGGCUCUCCACCUGCUCUGCUGCCUGGGUUCCGCUCCGGUUCGUUCCGGAGCCAAGAACCAGCCAAUCAGGAUGAAGAAGAGCCGCAGCGUGCUGACUGUGACUGGUGAAGAGGACCAUGACACAUCAGAGGGCGGGGAGAAGGAGGAGGAGUCAGCACGCUACAGCCGCUCCUACACGUCGGGCAGCACGCUGGGGGCGGAGCUCCGACGUGGGCGGAGCCACCGGCUCUCCUCCAGCCUGCAGGUGCCGUGCUGGCUCCGCCCCCGAGACCGCACCCGCUCGCCAGAGGUGCUGAUGCCCCGCCCCACGACCCUGCCCCUCCGCAUCCCGCCACGCAUAGACAUCACACAGCCUGACCCCGACAGUUUUGAGCUGGAGAACGGCGUGUCUCCGGCGGGUCGGACCCCUCUGGACUUGCAGGCGAGUCCCGGCGUGAUGCUGCACCCGUCCUUCCCGCAGGGCCAGCGGCGCGAGUCCUUCCUCUACCGCUCGGACUCCGACUACGACAUGUCCCCCAAAACAGUCUCCCGCAACUCCUCCAUUGCCGGCGAAGGGCAUACAGCAGAGGACUUUAUUGUCACUCCCUUUGCUCAGGUGCUUGCCAGCUUACGGUCCGUGAGGAACAACUUCACCCUCCUCGCCAACGUCAGCUCGCCCACAGUCAAGAGGUCGCCAGUGAGCAUUCCGUCCCCAGGCCCCAAGUCCUCAUUAUCAGAUGACCAGUACCAGCAGCUGGCUGUAGAGACGCUAGAGGAGCUGGACUGGUGUUUGGAUCAGCUGGACACCAUCCAGACACAUCGCUCUGUCAGUGACAUGGCCUCCAGCAAGUUUAAGAGAAUGUUAAAUCGGGAGCUGUCGCAUCUCUCAGAGAUGAGUCGCUCGGGCAACCAGGUGUCAGAAUAUAUCUCCAGCACAUUCCUCGACCAGCAGAAUGAGGGGGAGCUCCCGUCUCCCACGCUGAAGGAGAAGCCCAUGAGUUACAUCCCCGGAGUCAGAGAGCUCUCGCACGCGCACGCACACGCCCUCUCCCUUGCCACGCUGCCACGCUUCGGAGUCAACACAGAGCACGAGGACGAGCUGGCCAAGGAGCUGAAGGAGUUAGACAACUGGAGCUUCAACAUCUUCAGAGCGGCAGACCUCUCCAACAACAGACCCCUCAGCUGCAUCAUGUUCACCAUCUUUCAGAAAAGAGAUCUGCUGAAGACGUUCCAGAUCCCCGUGGAGACCUUCGUCCUGUACGUGAUGACGCUGGAGGACCACUACCACUCCAACGUGGCGUACCACAACAGCCUGCACGCCGCCGACGUCACCCAGUCCACGCACGUGCUGCUGUCCUCGCCCGCAUUGAACGCUGUGUUCACAGAUCUGGAGAUCCUGGCCGCUCUAUUUGCAGCAGCCAUUCAUGAUGUCGACCACCCUGGAGUCUCCAACCAGUUCCUCAUCAACACCAACUCAGAGCUGGCUCUGAUGUACAACGAUGAGUCUGUGCUGGAGAACCAUCACCUGGCCGUGGGCUUCAAGCUGCUGCACCAGGAGAACUGCGACAUCUUCCAGAACCUCACCAAGCGCCAGCGGCAGAGCCUACGCAAGCUGGUCAUCGAUAUGGUGCUGGCCACUGACAUGUCUAAGCACAUGACUCUGUUGGCCGACCUGAAGACCAUGGUGGAAACCAAGAAGGUCACAAGUUCAGGGGUUCUGCUCCUAGACCACUACACUGAUCGGCUACAGGUGUUGAGGAACAUGGUGCACUGUGCGGACCUGAGUAACCCCACCAAGCACCUGUCCCUGUACCGCCAGUGGACGGAGCGCAUCAUGCAGGAGUUCUUCAGGCAGGGCGACAAGGAGCGCGAGAAAGGCAUGGAGAUCAGCGCCAUGUGUGACAAACACACCGCCUCUAUAGAGAAGAGUCAGGUGGGUUUCAUCGACUACAUAGUCCACCCUCUGUGGGAGACGUGGGGGGACCUGGUGCACCCCGCCGCCCAGGACAUCCUGGACACGCUGGAGGAGAACCGCGACUGGUACCAGAGCACCAUGCCCCAGAGCCCGUCGCCGCCGCUCGACCGGAACCAGCUCGGACCGCCGGCCGACCGCUUCCAGUUCGAGCUCUCGCUGGAGGAGGACGCCCAGCAGAACCAGAACUCGAGCUCGUACCGGAACCACAACAGCCGGGAGGAGCGGAAUGGCAACGGGAACCGGCAGGACCCAAACUGCAACAAUGGUUGCUACGGAGACUCGGAGGAGGUCAGUAACCACGUGGAUCACAACCACGUGGAUGAGAACCACGUGGAGGCAGAGGAGGACGCGGAGGAGGACGCGGCGGACGGAGAACUGGAGAAUGCAGAACAGGAUCAGAACCAGAUGGAGGAGUUGGAUGGGGAGGGAGAACCAGAGGAGAACCACUGUGAGACAGAGGAAGGGGAGGGAGAGGAGGAGGCCUACUGGUAG